GUCGAACCAUACAACGCUACCUUGUCAGUGCAUCAGCUGGUUGAGAAUACCGAUGAGACCUAUUGCAUUGAUAACGAAGCUCUGUAUGAUAUUUGCUUCCGCACUCUGAAACUGACCACACCAACUUAUGGUGAUUUGAAUCAUUUGGUUAGUGCAACCAUGUCUGGUGUGACUACGUGUCUCCGAUUUCCCGGCCAGUUGAAUGCAGAUUUACGUAAACUGGCCGUGAACAUGGUUCCAUUUCCACGAUUACACUUCUUCAUCCCCGGAUUUGCUCCACUGACCAGUCGAGGUAGCCAGCAGUAUCGUGCGCUCACGGUGCCGGAAUUGACACAACAGAUGUUUGAUGCCAAGAACAUGAUGGCCGCUUGCGAUCCCCGUCACGGACGUUAUUUGACUGUUGCCGCUAUGUUCCGUGGCCGUAUGUCCAUGAAGGAAGUCGAUGAGCAAAUGUUGAAUGUGCAGAACAAAAAUUCCAGCUACUUCGUUGAAUGGAUCCCGAACAACGUGAAAACUGCGGUUUGCGAUAUUCCACCUAGGGGCCUUAAAAUGUCUGUCACAUUUGUUGGCAAUAGUACAGCCAUACAAGAAUUAUUCAAACGUGUCUCCGAACAGUUCACAGCCAUGUUCCGUCGCAAAGCCUUCUUGCAUUGGUAUACUGGUGAAGGUAUGGACGAAAUGGAAUUCACCGAAGCUGAGUCGAACAUGAACGAUCUAGUCAGUGAAUAUCAACAAUAUCAAGAUGCAACUGCUGAGGAGGAAGGCGAAUUCGAAGAGGAGGAGGAAGGCGAACAAGUUUAA